AUGAUACCGCGCACGGCGCAAAUACGCCAGCAGCAGGCGAAUGAGAGACGCAACAGGUUGGAAGAGAGCGCAGCUCGUGCGGCGCGGGAGGACAUGUUUGCUCGACACAACGUCAUGCGGGGUGUGCGUGUUGGAGGCGCGCGUCUUGCAAACACCAACCGGUACACACGCCGAGACCCAAACCGAGGCAUCAUCACACAAGCUGAGUGGAAUGAGCUGGUAGAACAGCAUGAAGAUUCCGGUUUUAAGUUUAGGUUUUUAUUCCUUGGGCUUGUCCUUUUUUCCGUUGCUUUAUUAGCACUUGCGAAGUAUGACAUGGAGUUCAACGUGGAGCCCCCUCAAAUUGAAAGCGGGAAAGGGUUUGGGGAAGUUGCCUCGGACAAGGGCACGGGCAAGAAUUUAGAGGACUUGGAGAAGUACUAUGAAACACUCGGUGUGAAGGGCCGGCUGCAGUCCAGUGACACAGAAGCUGGGGCAGAAGAGGAUGGACACGAUGCGGAUAAGGAGCGGCGGCGGGAGAACUUUCGCGUUCGCAAAGAAAUUCGUCAAGCGUACAAAACGCACCAACAACAGCGCGGACAGCUUGUGCAUUGUGGUCGAAGCUGUGAAGCCCAAAGCAAGCAGGUGGAAUUGGCGUACAAUCGUUUGGCCUCUCAAGUGGAUCGUGAGCUAUACGGGGUUUUGGUGGGUGCGAAGGACACCAAGUCCAAGCGGUCUUUAGAUGCUGCAGAACUAAAAAAGGCGUACGAAGUAAAGAAGAAGGAACUGGAAGAAAAUGAAAAGGAUGAGGAAGAUCGAGAGAUGGCCUUGGAGGAACUCAAGGAUGCGUAUGACAUUCUUGUGAAUCCAGAGGCUCGCAGCUAUUAUCUUCUGUACGGAAUGAAACCCCCAGAGCAUAUGCGUCACAUGAGUGCUAGAAGUGGCGGCUGGGGGCAGGAAAUGACACUGGGCGUGUACAAGAACCGGUUUAUUUUGGCUUGGCUGGACUUCCUUCAUGGUUACAUUGGACUUUGGGGGGAAACUGUGGUCCUUAUUGCCGCAUUGGCCUUCUUGCUUUCACGUGUUCCAAUGGCGCUAAAACAGUCCCAGCGUCUGCUGGAUGAUCUUGAUUGGGAGGCCUCUGUGGAAGAAACUGUUCAGGGCAGAAGCAAAAAGGACGAAAACUCCGAGUUGAAAGCGUGA